AUGCGAUUGAUUAUGCUCCUUAGCGUGGCGCUGCCACCCAUUGCGGCCUUGCCUCUUGGAGAGGCGGUGUCCAAACAAAACAUCACGUACUCGGCUCCUUCCAAAGGCGAGGUGGACCGGCUCAAGUGGAAUGGCCCAUCCCAGGAGAUGGGUAGCUCCGAAUGGCACAAUUUGCCGCACAAAAAGGCCGUCAAAAACGGCUGGAAGCCUUCCCCGGGCAGUUCAGUGGACGCACAGCCGGUUGAGCUGGUACCCGUGCCACUCAGCAACCGGACCAACAUUCCGGCUGUCGAAGUCGAGACCGCUCCUCCCACUAAGGCUCCUCCCCCUCCUAAGCCAACUCCGCCGACCUCGCAGCCCGGCGCCGGCUCACAGCCUCCCACUGACAACUUUGGCGACUACAAGCAGACGAUGCUCGAGCAGCACAACAUCCACCGCCACAACCAUUCUGCCUCUGACCUGGCAUGGGACAACACUCUGGCUCAGUACGCCGAGAAAACAGCCAAGAGCUGCAUCUUCCAGCAUGAUAUGAAGCAAGGCGGCGGCGGCUACGGCCAGAACCUCGCCUUUUGGUACAACAGCGAGAUGGCCAACUGGCAGUUCUAUGGCCAGGACAAGCCUCCCUCGAGCUCCUCGGGGGGAUUGGCUCAUUUUACCCAGUUGGUCUGGAAGGACACUACCAAGGUUGGAUGCGCCACCGUCAAAUGCGCCGCUGGCACUGUGUCGCCCUUCGACUCUUGGUACACGGUCUGCAACUACAACCCUCAAGGCAACAUCGGCGACAAGUACGGCAGCAAUGUCCUCAACCCCCUGGGCGAGAAGAUGGUCACUGUCUAG